UCCCCUUCUCUGCCGCGGAUGGUCUGGGUCGGGCACGGGCUCUGGGGAUUGGGACCGAUCCAGGGCCGGGAAGGAGGGCACAGGGCGGUGAUUCUGCGCGCGGGGGUUACCAGGGGUCUCGCGGCGACGGGCAUUGGGGGUGGUGUUCCAGGGGGAAAGGGCUGUGCAGGUGGGAGACGUUGUAGAUGGUUGGAAGCUUUGAAACGGGAGGAAACUCGUGAGGCACAGUCUUGUCUCGAGAAGGCAUUGGAGGUGGGGAGGGGGCGUCCCAAAGAGGAAGGCGCUCUGGAAGUGUGGCGGGAGCGCUGGGACAAGAACGCGAGAUCUUGGAAAAGGGGAGGGAGAUUUUCUUGAUGGGAGGAGUGUCUAGAGACAAGGAUCUGAUUGCAGGUGGAGAGGGGAUGUUGAAACAGGGGCAGGAGACUGCCUGUGAGAGAGGGAUGAUCUCAAGGAGAAGAGACCUGGCACAGGAAACCAAAAGGAGGCAACUGUAGGGAAUGAAACUUAAGGGUCUGGGAAAGCGCUGUAAAAGGAGACAGGACCUGGAGAUCCGCUUUAUCCUCAUCCAGAACCGGGCAGGCAAGACGCGCCUGGCCAAGUGGUACAUGCAGUUUGAUGAUGAUGAGAAACAGAAGCUGAUCGAGGAGGUGCAUGCUGUGGUCACCGUCCGAGACGCCAAACACACCAACUUUGUGGAGUUCCGGAACUUCAAGAUCAUUUACCGCCGCUAUGCUGGCCUCUACUUCUGCAUCUGUGUGGACGUCAAUGACAACAACCUGGCUUACCUGGAGGCCAUUCACAACUUCGUGGAGGUCUUAAACGAGUAUUUCCACAAUGUCUGUGAACUGGACUUGGUGUUCAACUUCUACAAGGUUUACACGGUCGUGGACGAGAUGUUCCUGGCUGGCGAAAUCCGAGAGACCAGCCAGACGAAGGUGCUGAAACAGCUGCUGAUGCUACAGUCCCUGGAGUGAGGGCAGGCGAGCCCCACCCCGGCCCCGGCCCUGGCCCCUCCUGGACUCGCCUGCUCGCUUCCCCUUCCCAGGCCCGUGGCCAACCCAGCAGUCCCUCCCUCAGCUGCCCAGGAGGAAGGGACCCAGCUGGGUCUGGGCCACAAGGGAGGAGACUGCACCCCACUGCCUCUGGGCCCUGGCUGUGGGCGGAGGCCACCAUGUGUGUCCCGAGUAACCGUGCCGUUGUCGUGUGAUGCCAUGAGCGUGUGUGCGUGGAGCCCCCAAUAAACCUGUGGUCCUGCCUGGC